AUAUCCAGAGAGUAUGUUAUAUCAACAAGGAAUUUUUUACAAUGGACAAUCACAAAAUUACAAGCAAUUAGAAGAAAUAAUUUCUCAUGUGCUGAGAAUGUGAAAAAGGACAAAGAAAUGGAAUAUUCUACGAGAAAAGGGUUGCCUCAGGUCAUGGAAAUCAGGAAAUGUCAGGGAAAAUGAAAUUGAUCAAGAAAGUCAAGAAAAUGUCAAGGAAAUUUUAUCAGUGAUUUGAAUAGCCCGGGAAAAGUGUUGCCAAUAGAAGGAAAAAAAAUGUAGCGCAUGCGCAAAGAAGACUUUUUUUUGCAGUUGGCAGAAGUUAUUGUUUUCACGGUUUUCACCAACGGUUUCCCGCUCAAAAUCCCUCCAAACAAGUUUUAUUGCGUGGGUUCUAUUAAUUUAUUAAGUUUUAUUGGAAGUUUGACAAUUAUAAAAUCAUGGAGGGUUUCGAUCAACCCGGAAUAUUCUUCUCUGACAAUUUUUCUAUUGAUGGCGAACAAAAUCAAGAAGAUCAGGCAACAUUUCAAGCGUCAAAAAAGAAAUUAAAGGAAUUUAUUCGUCAGUUCCAUGAAGGCAAUUUUAACUAUAAAUAUCGUGAUACUCUGAAACGGAAUUACAAUCUUGGGAAUUAUUGGAUUGAAUUCAAUUUGGAAGAUUUGGCGGCUUACGACGAGUCGCUCGCGGAGAAGAUUUACAAGCAACCAACGGAAUAUUUACCUCUAUUUGAAGAGGCUGCGAAAGAUGUUGCUGAUGAACUUACAGCACCAAGAUUGCCUGGCGAAGAAAAAGUUGAAGACAUUCAAGUACUUCUGACGUCCGAUGGUAAUCCGGUUUCAUUGAGAGGAAUGAAGCCCGAUGCAGUAUCGAAAUUGGUGAAGAUCCCUGGGAUUAUUGUCUCCGCUUCGGGAAUUCGAUCAAAAGCGACGAAAAUAGCAAUUCAGUGUCGUUCCUGUCGUACUGUACAAACAAACAUUCCCAUAAAACCCGGUCUAGAGGGUUAUGUUUUGCCUAGACGUUGCACCACAGAGCAAACGGGCCGUCCCAAGUGUCCUUUGGAUCCAUUCUUCAUAAUGCCGGACAAAUGUGAUUGUGUUGAUUUUCAAGUUCUUAAAUUGCAAGAGCCAAUUGAUCAGAUACCACAAGGAGAAAUGCCAAGGCAUUUACCGCUCUAUUGUGAUCGAUAUCUUUGCGAUCGUGUUGUUCCCGGUAAUCGAGUUCUUAUUCUGGGUAUUUAUUCAAUCAAGAAAGUUUCGAAAAGCGGUGGCAAAUCGAGAGGAAAGGAUCGAGCACUCGUUGGUGUUCGUGCACCUUAUAUUCGAGUUGUUGGAAUUAGCGUCGAUGGAGAACACAGUGGAGUUGGAACACAAGAGCCAGUGACGCAGAGUGAAGAAGAUCUUUUUAGAAGACUCGCAAACGAUCCGGAAAUUUAUGAAAAAAUUGCAAGAAGUAUCGCGCCGAGUAUUCUCGGUUCGAUUGAUAUCAAAAAGGCAAUUGCUUGUUUACUUUUCGGUGGAUCACGAAAACGAAUGCCCGAUGGACUUUGUCGAAGGGGAGAUAUUAACGUUUUGUUACUCGGUGAUCCUGGAACAGCCAAGUCACAGCUCUUGAAAUUCGUCGAGACAGUUUCACCUGUUGGUAUUUACACGUCAGGAAAAGGAAGUUCCGCCGCCGGUCUCACUGCCUCUGUGACUAGAGAUCCAAUUUCUAGAAGUUUUGUGAUGGAGGGAGGAGCGAUGGUGUUGGCCGAUGGCGGAGUCGUUUGUAUUGACGAAUUCGAUAAAAUGAAAGAAGACGACAGAGUUGCAAUCCACGAGGCAAUGGAACAACAAACAAUAUCCAUAGCAAAGGCUGGAAUUACAACAUCAUUAAAUACCCGAUGCUCAGUUCUUGCGGCUGCGAAUUCAGUUUUCGGUCGUUGGGACGAUAUAAGAGGAGAGGAAAAUAUUGAUUUUAUGCCGACAAUUUUAUCACGUUUCGAUAUGAUAUUUAUUGUCAAAGACGAACACGAACCACAAAGAGAUAUUCAAAUUGCCAAACACGUGAUGGAAAUUCACGCGAAUGCUGGUCAAAUUACUGAGGAUAAUGUCGAGGGCGAAUUACCAUUAAACAUCCUGAGAAAAUACAUUCAUUACUGCCGAAUGCGUUGCGGACCAAGAUUGGAUAAAGACGCGGGCGAUAAGCUGAAGAAUCGCUACGUGAGAAUGAGAGCCGGAACUCAUGAACACGAAUUGGACAUGGAGAAACGUCUUUCAAUUCCAAUUACGGUUCGUCAAUUGGAAGCUGUAAUAAGAAUUUCUGAAUCCCUAGCGAAAAUGGCCCUUAAACCAUUCGCUACGGAAGUUCAAGUGAACGAAGCCCUUCGAUUGUUUCAAGUUUCUACACUAGACGCUGCCACUAGUGGUUCAUUGGCAGGUGCUGAAGGUUUUACAUCUGAGGAGGAUCAUGAAAUGUUGGUUCAUAUUGAGAAGCAAUUGAAAAGGCGAUUUGCAAUUGGUGCUCAGGUUUCACAGCAAAAUAUUGUCAACGAUUUUAUAAAACAAAAAUUCCCCGAGAAUGCCAUUAUCAAAGUGAUACAAACGAUGAUUCGUCGUGGUGAACUACAACAUCGUAUGCAACGUAAAAUGUUAUUCAGACUCUUUUAAAAAAAACAAGACCUUCCACACUGCUACUGGAUUGCUAGAUGUGUCUAACAAAAAAUCACCAUUUUCUUUGACUGCUGGGGACAAAUCUGUUUCAUUAAGGACAAAUGCAAAGGGCAUAUGAAUUAAAUACAUGUCGAGAUAUUCUAGACCGAGACUUUCUAAGGAUAUUUUAGCGAAUCUUUCCACAUCGGCUGGUCUAUUUCCAUAAUUUGGCAACUGGAAAAAUAAUUAUGUUUGGUUUAGUUUAAAGUUUUUGUACCUUUUUUUCUUUCUUUUAAUUCAAUCGAUGAUUGGUAAUUUUUACCUUAGAAGUAAUGAAUAUUUCUUCACGUUUUCCUCCUUCUUUUAACCAUUUUUUUAAACUUCGACCAAUUGCAUCUUCGUUUCUGUAAUUAAACGCCGUGUCAAUGUGUCUGUAUCCAUUGGCUAAAGCAGCAAGUACCGAGGAUUCUAUUUCCUCUGGUUUUGCCUAGAAAUUUAAGAAAAAAUUAAAUUUUUAAACACGAAUAAUGUAAUUCUAUCAAUUGGAGUAUUUUUUUGAUAAUAUAGAAACUUUUUUUUAAUA